AUGACGAAGAAUACAAACCAUCGUCGUCACCACUUAUUCACGUCCCCGUUUUUCGUCUCUUUUCUCUUUCGCGUAUUGAAUUCGUUUCUUUUCCUGCGAACGUUUCACAGCGCGGACGAGCACUAUCAGAGCGUGGAAAUCGCGCACGAGUUUAUAUUCAAGUACGGCGCGAAGACCUGGGAAUGGCGAGAGGACGUGAAGUUGAGGAGUUUCGUGCAUCCUUUGCUCGCGUACGCGUGGCCGUACGCGCUCGUGAAGGGAUUACGGCUCGACGAAGACGCGAGUUUAAUAACGGGGGUGUUGGUGCGAGCGAUGCCGAGAGUCGUGAACGCCGCGCAGUGCGCUUUCAUCGACGUCGGGACGUACCGGUUAGCGCGCAAAUGGUACAACAACGACCAGAACGUGGCGAAAAAAGCGUUCGCACUGUCGCUCGCAUCGCACUGGCAUUUUUAUUGCGGAUGUCGGUCGUUCGCGAACGUCACGGAAACCGCGUUUUGCGUCUGGGCGCUCGUGUUUUGGCCGAGCGGGUAUUUCGAUAUGAACGCGAAGAAAAGAGGAGGUGGUAGUAAUAGCGGUAAGAGUAGUAAUAGCAGCGGGUUUAGAAGAAAGAGCAUCCGUGGUUUAGUUUUAGCGUUCGUUUCGUGCACCGUGCGGCCGACGGCGUACGCGUUUUGGGCGUGCGUAGGAGCGCGUACGAUUUUCUUCGAUCGAGAGGCGUUGUCGGCGAAGCGACGAGCGAGGUUUAGCGCGGAUGCCUUUUGGGUUGGAAGUCUCGUUUUAUCGAUAGAAGCGUGCGUGAACUAUUAUUAUUACAACAAGAAGUGGACGUUCCCGGCGUGGAACUUUUUCGAGUUUAACGUCUUGAGAGAAGGCGCGAGUCAAUACGGAACGCAUUCCAACGCGUGGGUUUUCACGCAAGGUUUACCGGUUGUUUUGGGCGUUUUGUUUCCAGUCAGUCUUUACGAGUUGUUCCUCGCUUCGAAUGCUCGCGGUAAUUUAGAAGAUACUAGUAGUGCUAAUCUUCCUGAUGGGGGUAAAAUCAUCAAAGAUAACGAUGGAACAAACGCGAAAAGAAGAAAACGUUUGUCGACGCCCGCGGUGGCGAAAGUUGCUUUUUUGGCAACCGUUUUCAUCGUUUCCAUUCCAAAGCACAAAGAGUUCCGCUUUUUAUACCCGUUGAUUCCAGUGUCCAUUGCGGCGUCUGCGAAGUCGUGGGCGUGGUUGGAGAGCGAGCCGCCAGAUAAGAAAUCAUCGAAGAACAACUCUAAAAAUACUACGUUUCUCCUGGCUCGGUGGUUCGUGCGCCUCGGUCUCGCCGCGCAAAUUCCGCUCGCGAUGUAUCUCUCUUUGAUACAUCAAAGAGGCAUGGAAACCAUCGUCAACAAAUACGUAUCCAAACUAACCGUGGAAGACGACGUGUUCGACGGUGGCGUGCACUUCUGGACCCCGUGUCACGAACACCCGUUCUACGCGAGCGUCCACAAAAAUUUGACGAUGCGCUAUUUGGAAUGCGAUCCUCCAAACGCGUCGUCGGUUUCGUCGCAUUUGUCCUCGGGCAAUUGGCGAGCGUUCGAAAAGAACCCCUUGGCAUUCGUAGAGCGUAAAUACGGGAAAAGCAGCGGAUUGAAAUGCGACGACGACGACGUAAACGACGUAAACGACGACGCCGAUGAAGAUGCUAAAACGAGCGACGACGAAGCUAAUAAUCUCCUCCCGAGCCACGUCGUCGUCUUCCAGCGCGAGCGCGACAUCCUCUGGAACUGGUUCCAAUCCUUCCAGUUUGAAGAGAUCGCGAACGAGUUCCACGCGCACUUGAGCGUCGAUCGCCCGGGUCAAGAAAGAGCUCACUUCUUCGCUCGAAGAAAAAAGACACCAAGGAAUACCACGGGUGGCGGCGAAAGUCAGCGCUCCGAAUGCGCUUCUUCGUCGAAAGUUGUUUAA